AUGCGGCGGGCGCUGCCCGCGCUGCCGCUGCUGCUGCUGCUCGCGGGGCCCCUGCCCGCCGGGGCGGCCCCCACGGACCCCGGGGACGAGUGUCAGCAGCAGCUGCCGCUGGCCCGGAGCGUCGCGUCCUGGAUCGUGGGGGGCCACGAUGCCCCGGAGGGCGCGUGGCCGUGGGUGGUGAGCCUGCAGGUGCUGCGCGGCGGCGUGCGCUUCGUGCACCUGUGCGGCGGCGUCCUGCUGGGCCGGAGAGCCGUGCUGACCGCCGGGCACUGCGUGGACGGCAGGACGGAUCCGUGUUCCUGGCGAGCGGUUCUGGGCGUGCACAACCUCCAGAAGCACGGCCCACACACAGCAAGGAGGAGGAUCAGGAGGAUCAUGGUGCACUCGCACUUCAGGAGGGAGACCUUCGAGAACGACGUGGCGCUGUUCGAGCUCAAGUGGGCGGUGCGGUACAGCCUGUACAUCCAGCCCGUGUGCCUGCCGCCGGCUGCGCUGGUGCGGCUGCUGGAGAACAGCUCCGACUGCUACAUCAGCGGCUGGGGACGCACGGCCGAGAAGGGUAAAACUUCACCUGUGCUAAAACAAGCCCACGUGGGAAUCCUCCCUCCCAGCCUGUGCAACAGCUCCCAAGGGUACGCGGGGCUCAUGAACGACAAAGCGCUCUGCGCCGGCGCCUGGGCCGGAGGCACCGACACCUGCCAGGGCGACAGCGGGGGCCCCCUGGUGUGUUACCACCCUGACACUGACAUGUACUACCUCACUGGCAUCGCCAGCUUUGGGGUGGGCUGCGGCCGCCCCAAAUACCCCGGCAUCUACGUGCGCCUGUCCCAGUACAGAAAAUGGAUAAAAGCAAAGCUGCUGCUGACCAACAAGACUCAGAAGCCCGUGAGCACCACGCUCACCAUCCUCCUGACUCUGGUACACACAGUGCUUGCACAGGCUUUGUAGAGGGGCAGAGCAUCGUGUUGUCCUCGUGGAGGUCUGUCCUGCCUGGAAAAAGCUUGGAAAAACCAGCUCCCUCCUGACUCACAAUAAAUCCAAGAGCCAA